GUAUUCGUCGAAAGAGAUUUUCUGUUAAUUUCUCUAAAUCAUCUUUCUUCAUCAUCAUCAUCAUCAUCGUCUCCUCUCUCUCUCUCUCUCUCUUUCCAGCUCGAUCGAAACCCUAGCAAUCCCAAUUUCGAUUCCUCAGAUCGAAAUUUCAUCGAUUUAGUGUUUUUUUUUUGUUGGGAAAGAAGCUAAGAGAGAAAAAAAAAAUGUCAACGGAGAAUAAUACCUCAUCGCUGCCACCACCACUGUCAUCAGACGCCAUCGAUCCAGCGCCUCUGCUUCUGAGCGGCGACGAGAACGAGGGAAGCAGCAGCAACGGAGGAGAACAACGGAGAUCCUCCGUGAGGAGACCGGGGCUGAGGGAAGCCGCGAGGCUGCUGAGCCGCGCGAGCAGCGGCGGAGGGCGCGCGAUGCGGGAGCCGUCUAUGGUGGUGAGGGAGGCGGCGGCGGAGCAGCUCGAGGAGAGGCAGAGCGAUUGGGCCUACUCGAAGCCCAUCGUGGUGCUGGACAUCGUGUGGAACCUGGCGUUUGUCUCGGUGGCUGGGGCUAUUCUGGUGAUGGCGAGGAACGAGCAUCCCAUCAUGCCGCUUAGGGUUUGGCUCUUGGGGUAUGCGUUGCAGUGUGUGUUGCAUAUGGUUUGUGUGUUGGUUGAGUAUCGGAGGAGGAACAGGGUGAGGAAUAAUAGGACUCCGAGAUCACCUUCUUCCUCUUCCUCUUCCUCUUCCUCCAUGGAGGAAGAUGCUUUGGGUUCGAGGAGGAAUUCACAUGAGGAGGUCUUGUCUCUCGGGCAGAUUGAGAACGAACGCAGCAGUGUUGCAAAGCAUCUAGAGUCUGCCAACACAAUGUUCUCAUUCAUUUGGUGGAUCAUUGGGUUCUACUGGGUAUCUGCUGGUGGCCAAGAGCUGGCGCAAGAAUCUCCGCGGAUCUACUGGCUGUCUAUCGUCUUUCUUGGUUUCGAUGUGUUCUUCGUUGUCUUCUGCGUUGCGUUGGCCUGCGUUAUUGGCAUUGCUGUUUGCUGUUGCCUGCCAUGCAUCAUUGCAGUUUUAUACGCUGUUGCGGAUCAGGUACUUCUCAUUGCCAAUUCAUCUUAUAUCCUAGCAAGUCCGCUGCGUUUUGCUCUUUGUUUUAACGAUGAGAAACAGGAAGGGGCUUCUAAAGAAGACAUUGAGCAGCUCACCAAAUUCAAGUUUCGAAAAGUUGGUGGCGAUGUCAACAAACACGGUGGUGAUGAUGAAGCCCAAGGAAACACCGAGGGAAUAAUGACCGAGUGUGGUACAGAUUCACCUGUUGAACACACUCUUCUGCAGGAGGAUGCAGAAUGUUGCAUCUGUCUCUGUGCAUAUGAAGACGGAAGCGAACUAAGGGAGCUUCCUUGUGGCCACCAUUUCCACUGCGCAUGCGUAGACAAAUGGCUAUACAUUAACGCGACUUGCCCGCUCUGCAAAUACGACAUCCUAAAGAGUAGCAACUUGGAUGGUGAAGAAGUCUAGAACGAAACAGCUUUAGCUUAUUCAUGACCCCCACACAACAUUUGAUGAGGAAACUUUGGGGUCCAAAGGAAAAACACGACUGGUGUUUUUUUAUAUAUGAUGCAUUGUUUGUGAUAUGAUAUCUAUAUAAAUGAUUGAUUAUACUUUUGUUUUUAUUUUUUUUGUAUUGGAAAAGAAUCAGGUCUGUACAUGUAUAUCUCUAUCUAUUUUCACUUGCAACCACUUUCUUGUAUUAACAUUCUGUGUCGACCUCGAAUUGUAAGAGAUUUUCAUGAUCAUAGAUC